AUGCCCGUUAAAACGUUAGACGAUGAGGCAGAUAUUAAAACUUAUAUUAGCAGCGAUAAAUUGACUGUGCUCGAGUGUAUUGCCACCCAUUGCUCAUAUUGCAAAGCCAUAGCACCUCGCAUUGAUGAGCUAUCCAAGCAAUAUCCUGAUAUAAAUUUUAUUAGCAUUGAUCUUGAUAAAUUGCUCCCAACAAACCUCUCCUUCACUCCAUCUGCUACGCCUACCUUUGCAUUUUACCGUAAUUCAGUCCUUCUUUCCACUAUCAACGCUGCGUCUCUACCUACCAAUGACUCCAACUCAACCUCCACACAGCCAGCUCUACUGCCUUCAGUACAAUCACUUAUAUCAUUAUUUUCACAAAAGAGAAAGGAAGUUUAUAACAAGUUAACAGAGGAACUUGCAUUUUCCGAACAAAUUGCAGCACAAGACUUGCAAAAGCUAGCUAGCACGGGAAUAAAAAGUGUAUUGGAUUUGUGUCCCGAAGGAGGAAAAGGUUAUGUUUCUGAUGAGAAGAAACUUUUGAGUGCAGAAGGAAUACUAUAUGCAAACUUUCCCAUUGACUCACCUACUGCAAUCACUCACCUUACAAUGAAGAAACUUGAACCUCAUCUUAAGUCCCUUUCUAAACCUUUGUUAAUCCAUUCACCUGCUGGACUCUCAGCAGCAAUAGUGUCACUGUCUUACACGGCAAAAGAAUACGGCUGUGGAAUAGAAGAAAUUACAAUGUGGGCAAGAGAUUUUGGAUAUGACCUUGAAGGAUUACCUGAAGUCAUGAGAUUUUUGCAGAAUUACGUCAAGGUAUCUGAAUGA